CCAAUAGGAUGAGUUAAUUACAUACUGUGGGCGAUUAACGUGCCUACUUGUGUGUGAGCACAGAGCCAAAGGGGAUAUAAGGGAUCACUGAACAGACUCGGCUGAACAGAUCCCCUCACUAUCGUAAACGUAAAACACCAACUUGGACCAAAAUAAAUAAAUUAGUUGUGUUCAAAACUGAUGAUGCAGCUAACUCAAUGUUUCAAAGUAUCUUAUUUUUGGCUGAUAUUAGGUGGAGUUUGGUAUCCUCGAUCUCUGGAUAACACUCGUGUGUUAUAUGCAGUUAAUAUUUACAGAGUAUUUGCAACGAUUUUUAUUAAUGUCGGGAUGUUAGCUAUUCAGUUCCUAUAUUUUUUUACGGUCGUUGGCAAGGACUUGGACAAAACCGUUGACGCCACCGCCUUAUUUACGUUUAUAGGAUAUCUGUACAAAGCAAUAACUGUAAUCAAAAACAGACAAAGGAUCAACAAGCUACUAGAUAUAAUAGACAAUGAAACCGAUAAAGAAGACUUGUUACGGAAUAUGGCGGCCAACAUAAAUUUUAUAUCUUAUUUCUACAACGGGUGGGCUUGUCUGACGGCGAUAAUGUGGAACUUAAUUCCGUUUACAAAAGCUACGCUCACUUUACCAUUUUACUACCCUGAUUUACCACCUCCGUCGCCAUGGUUUGUUAGAUGGUAUAUCUAUCAAGCUACAAUACUAAUAAUCAACGGGGUAGCGCAAACGAGCGCAGAUCAUCUGUUCGGGGGUCUAAUGGCGUUCGCGGCGACUCAACUAAAACUACUUCAACACAAGCUUGAGGCUAUUGGAGCUAAAACUGACAGCACAGUGGAAAUAGACGCAAGGGCUGAAGAAGAGCUUACUGCAAAUCCGAAGAUAUGUACUCUGGCAAACAAAGCUCAAAUAGAACAGGAAGUCUAUGAGGAAACGGUUUCAUGCGUUGAAUAUCACUUAAAAAUAAUAUGGUUUGUCGAUGAACUCACAGAUAUCUUCGGAGGAGCCGCGUUUGGACAAUUUCUAUUAGCUGCACCGCUGAUUUGCUUAUCAAUGUUUAUAAUUAUGAACAGCAGUGAUGUGACAGAGAUAGUGACCAGGAUUUUAUAUUUUGGAUGCCUGUCAGGACAACUUUUUAUUUAUUGUUUCUGUGGGAAUCUGAUAAAGACGCAGAGUGACCUCGUGGCAACAGCAGCAUACAACAGUCAUUGGACGUCAACAUCUGUGCGCACCCAGAAGGCUCUCCACCUACUCGUUAUCAGAGGACAGAAAACUAUCUCUGUGGUGGCAGGCAAUCUAUUCGAACUUUCUCUGGUCACAUUUGGCGCGUUAUUGAAAUCUUCGUAUUCGUUUUUCGCGGUUUUGAGUAAACAACACGAUGAAUAAAAUAAGAAGGCAUCC